AUGGCUUCAACCAUGCUUCCGUUCUUGUAUCAGACACAGACCCUUCGACGGGCUGUCGGGAGACCCUUUGUUGCGCUGAAUCUCGCCCGUUUGGCUCACUCUGCACGCCGGGUGAAAAGGCCUGCAGACAAUGCCAUUCCCUUCCAAUGGGAGUCUGGAGACCACGAGCUGGCCAAAAUCGAAGCGGAACGUGUCUCUACCAUUACGCCUUCAGAGGCUCAGAUCUUCAAGGGCAUUUUCCAUGAAAUCGCCGAGGGGAAAAUGCCGCCUGCAAAAAGAAGAAGCCCUAUUCGGCAUCUGCGAGAUGAGCUUCAAAGCCUCAGUGAUGCACCCACGAGCAGCGAAAAGGACAGCCCUGGCUCGGCUCGCUCGCUCGUGGAAAAGGCCCGCAUCACUGACUUCCGGGAGAGAUUUCUGAGCCGGUAUCCCAGAUCCCUCCAAAACGCUGCGCAAGUUGCACUCGGCCUGUAUGAAGUCAAGCCUCGGGAUUCGGACUCGGGACGGGAGGCCCAGAUGAUGGAGCUGGACGGUGCUGAUGAGGCGACAUGGGCAGAGCGCGCAGAGCGGGAGAUUGCGAGAAGCGAAGAGUGCGAGAGAGUGGAAGCUCUGAUGAAGGAAUGCAAAACUGACGCCGAGCUGUGGAGUGUGAUGGAGAAGGAAGUUUUUUCUCUGCCCGAAAAGCUGCAUAUAGCACAGGCAAAGCGGUCAGACGUUUCAAAGGGCAGAAAAGCCAAGAAGCAAUCCGUGCUGUUGGAGGGCGAAGGAGAGCAAUCGGCAUCGGAAGUGGCCUCGCAGGAUGAGGAGCGUGUCAUGAGCAUCCACGGCCCGCUGUAUUCGCGAUUCCUCAGCACGGCUCUCGACCUCUUCGACACGGCUUUUGCUCGCCCGUCUCCGUACUUCUUCCAGGUUCUCCCUCGCGUCAAAGAGCUUGGCUUACCAUCGUUUGUGCUUGGUGUCUCGACGCCGUUUUACUCCAAGCUGGCGGAGAUUCAUUGGCACCGCUUCGGUGACGCCAACUCUGCGCUUGACAUGCUGAUGGAGAUGAAUUCCGCAGGCCUUUUUACGAACAAGAAGGUGAAUAGUCUCAUCUCACAAUUGCGCAAUCAGCUGCACGCUUGUACUUGGGGUGGCCAGGGUCCUUUUGUCAUGGCCAUGAUGGAGUCUCCUCCGUAUGAUGGCGCAUUGUUGACAAGGCUGGAAGAAGUCGAAAAGACAAUUGUACAGUCGUCACAAGACCGUCUAAAGGACUAUUCCUUUUAA